CAGUCACUGCCAAACUUCAGAGGGGAGACGUUUUCCCAUCGCUCAUUCGGUGUGCCACACUCUCAAUUUAGGACUUUACUACAGGGACUUCCAACUGUAGUUUGUACAAGGUGAGAUCAGCUUGCGUUUGUCUUUUGCUUAAGACGCGUAUGAAACGGCCGGCUGCUCGGACAUGGACUUACAUCUGCUUGCACUCCUGCUCUUAUUUCUCUGCAAACAAGGAUGGACUCAGGAUGAAGCCUCAGAAGAAGGAAAGAUUCCUCUAGUUCCUCUUAUCCCCCUGAUACCAGGCAAACCCAUAACGGAUCUGGAGCCUUCUGCAAACGGAACAACUCCUGAGCCUUCUGCUGGGGAGGAAGAGGACUCCUCAGAGGGGGGGCUGGAUGGAGUCUGUGGACCUGGCGUUUCCAGGCUGGAGUCUAAACUGGCCAUUGGCAGUGGGAUCAUGAAUCUGGGCCUGAAGUUCUUGGUGAACCUGAAGACCGGUCCCGGUCGGCCUAACGUGAUCAUCUCCCCCCUCAGCCUGUCGCUGGCACUCUCCCAGCUGGCCCUGGGAGCCCGAAACGAGACAGAAAAGCUUCUCUUUGAGCACCUACAUGCUGAUGCUCUUCCAUGCUAUCAUAAGUCCCUCAGCCAUCUCCUCAAGCAGUUUCGCAAAAGCACUUUUCAGAUUGCUACUCGCAUGUACCUGCGCCAAGGCUUUCAGGCAAAAGAGGAGUUUAUAAAGGAGUCUGUAGAUCUGUAUGGAUCUGACCCAGCCACACUUACGGGGCUGGAGGAGGUGAAUGAAUGGGUUGAAAACGCUACAAAUGGCCAAAUAGUGGACUUUCUAUCCAGUCUCCCGCCCAACAUAGAGCUCAUGCUCAUUAACGCAGUGCACUACAAAGGAGAGUGGCUGACACGCUUUGAUCCCCGCUUCACGUCCACUGAGCCUUUUCACAUUGAUGACAAACAAGUGGUCAAUGUGGAUAUGAUGCUUGGGCCAAAGCACCCCCUCAGUGUUUUCACCCACAAUGAGCUGGAUGCUCAGGUUGCUCGGUUACCAUUCAAAGGGGACAAGAGCCUGCUGGUGGUUCUGCCCAUAUCUGGACAGGUCAAUGUGUCAGCCAUGGCAGCUAAACUUAAUAUCUCAGAUCUCUACAGUCGCUUCCCACGAGAGAUAAGCAUGCAGGUCCGAAUCCCCAAGCUGAAACUGGAUUUUGGCGAGGAGCUGGAAGAUGUCAUGACCAAAAUGGGCUUAGGAGAGUUGUUCUCUGGUCCAAACCUGGCUGGAAUUGCUGAGAGCCCCCUGCUGGUCUCCAGUGUACAGCACAAGUCAAGCAUGGAGAUAAACGAGGAGGGGGCCGAGGCUGCCGCUACGACCAGCGUGUCUAUUUCCCGUUCCAACCCUUCCUUUACCGUCAACCAACCGUUUUUCUUAGCCCUCAUGGACGAUUCCACGCAGACACCGUUAUUUCUUGGCGUUAUAACCAACCCCAACCCAGGAGCGGCAGUCGUGGUUAGAGCUGCCUUGAUGAAGAGCUUAACAACCAAGGAUAAAAUGGGGUUCGGAUUCGACAAGAAUUAUGAUUACUCUUUUGGCACCAACCCAAAGUAGGGGCACUUUUUAAAAAAAGCCUAAAUCGAUCAGGAACUAUACCUCUGGCUGUUGAAAAUAGGCUAAUUGAGAUGAGCAGUCCGGGCGCAGCAGGAUUACGUUGAGCAGAAUGUCAGAUGGACUUCACUGAAAAUGUCAGCUCAUUUUUAAAUGGUUCACCUUUUGCUUUAUUCAGUUGAUUUUAUUUUAUAUUCAGUCAUUAAAAACAUGUUCCCCAUUUCAGUUUGAAAUGUGAUUAUCUAAUCCUUUUAAAGCAUUUUGGUGAAUUUCUUUCUUUUUUUGAUUAAAGGAAAUUUUAAAUGUGA